AUGUAUUAAUAAAAUUGGUAAGGGGACAGAUAUUAAGAUGAAAUUUUUCUUGAUGAUGCGGAGGUUUUUUAAAAAGAUGAAGAACCAUCAAUAUUUGAUAUUGUUUAUAGAGAAGUGGGGUGUAUUCUACUCAAAUAUACCAACCUAAGCCUUAUAACUUGUCCUAACACUCUCCAUUAUAUUACUUUAAAGUUCAAUAAUGAUGAACCCUUCUCAUUUCUCUUUCAACCAAACUAUAUCUUGGUGGAACAACUGGCAGUGAACCCAGCUUUGAAAGAAAUAGCUGAAUAACUGUAAAUUGAGGAUCUCAUAAAUCAUAAUUAGAAUGAUCCUGAGUAUUUUUCAGACUACCAUUAACACUUAAUUGAGGAAAUAUUCAAAUCUCAUUUGAAUUAAACUUAAGAGAUAUUUUUAAGAUAGUUAGAGUUACUGCAAGAAUAGAGAAUAAAACCUUAAGUUGAUUAAGAACUCUAAUCCAUAUUUUAAGAUAAAUAGUUUUAAUUUCCAUCUAAAUUAGAUUUUCAACAUUCUGAACUACCUGAAAAUUAAAUCAAAUACAAACUGUUUGAAACACUAUAAUAAUUAUAAUCAAAUUAUCCGAACACUCGGAAUAAAUCUAUUAAAUUAGAAUGUUCCGAGACUGCUUAACAAUUAUCAGGCCAUAAAACUCAAUAAGAGAAUCUUGGUGUUGCCCAGGUUACUCAGGUUGAUUAACCUUUAGUUAUAAGUUCUUUAAAUAAAGAAAAGAUUAAGAUGAUAAUACAUUGGUUGAUUUAAGAGAAGAUUGCAAUUCCUGAAAUCAUACUGUGUGCUGAAUUAAAGAAUAGAGGAAAUGGAAUGAACUUAACAUUUAAUCCUAAUUAGCAAAUGUUGAAUAGGUGUGCAUUUUAUUAUGGCUUAUUUUGUGAGGCUUAGCAGAAUUAAUCAGAGGCUAAAAAUAUUAAAGAAGAAAAUACAGAAGAAGUAAAAACUUGUUAGGAAUUUAAUAUAGGUAAACAAAAGAUUAAAAUUACUGAAUAUCAUCUGUUAAUUAGAAUGUUAGAUCUAGUUGAUCAAUAGAAAGAAUCUCUUAAACCGAAAAUCAUCUAAUUGGUGAAAUAUUCUUAAUUAAAAAAUUAAAUUAAAAGAUUGUCAAGGGUUUAAGAAGCUGAUGCACAUUUUAAGAUUGUUAAGCAAUUUAUAGAAAAAUUAGAGACAAUUCUUCUUAUCUAUGAUGAAUAUGAAAAUGAUAAAUAGAAACCAUUCAAAAACCAGCAAUAAAAGAUAAGGCAAAUUUAAUCAGAUAAUUUAAGUGAAAAUGAAGAAGAAAAUAAACCUAUAAAAGGUUAAAAAAAAUAUUAUAGGUUGCUUAAAUUAGUUGUAAAAAUGAUAUUGAUUGAAUCUUUGGAAAAAGAAAUACCAAUUCCAGAAAUUUUGACAUGUUUAUGGUUUAAGAAACAUAAGGAGAAAAUAGUUGAAGGUUAAAUAAUCAAUUAAAAUUCUGUCCAAAUAUUACCUUCAAAGUAACGAUUGAUUCCCUCACUCCAAGCUGAACAACAAUUGAAACUCAAAUAAGAAUAAGUAUAAUUGUAAACUCUUUUGGAUCUACCUGAUACUGCUACUAAAGAAUUAGACAACUUUGAAAAUUUUGUAUAAUAAUUCCCCUACGAUGCUAAAUAUGGGAGAGAUGUGGUUUUAAUAGAAAAGAUACUUAUUGUUGUUAACGCCAAGAAGGAUAGCAUUUAAAAUCAGUUAAUUCAAGUUCUGGGUGAUUACUUGAAAAUAGAGAAAGUGAAAGAAUAGUUGAGGGAGAAAUUAGUGUUGCUUCCUAAACUAAGAACCACUAAGACUUAAAUUAAUGAUGAACCAAUAUUAGAAAAUAUCAUAAGAAUUAUAGAUAAUUUAUAAUUAUUCAUCAGUUCAAUUUAAAAGUGUAAGCCCUCUUUAUUUACUAAAUAAUUAAGGAAUCGCUCUAAGAAAUCAUAGUAGACAUCGUAAAAUUAGAAAUUAGAUAAGGAGGAAAUGAAAGUGUUUAUAUUAUCUGGAUUAAUUACUUUAAUUGACAAUGAAGUGUAUUUACCAGAAUUAAUCUUAUUCUUGGGAAUAAAAAAUAAAACACAAAAGUUCAGUCUUUAGAUUAACAAGAAUUAGAGAUUAUAGGAGUAUAUCAUUACGUAGAUGUAAUUGAAUCAAGUGGAAAUAACUGACUAAGUGGAGAGUAAGUUGCUAAUUAAGAAGAUAAAGAUUUAAGAUGGAGAGAAUAUACCUAUCAUUCAGAGCAGAGAUCAGGUUUCAGAGCCAUAAUUGAUUAUCAGAGCCUUGAAAUUACUAAGCAAUUGUGAGAUGACCAAAUAAUUGUCAGAAAUUUGGUAGAAACCUUCAGUAAUAAGUCUUAAAAAUCAAGUUUAUAAAAAUUGCUUAAAAAAAAAUAAAAAUGAUACUACAAUUGGAUAAAUAAAAAAUUUAUUUUAUAAAAUUGAUAAUAAAUAUGAAAUAUUUAAUAAUAAUUAAUAAUGA